ACAUGAACCAUUAUGAUCGCAUUAUCAUAUUCUGUAUAUUCAAAGUUAUAUUUAUACUCAAAUCACAUCCAAAUUUCAUCGUAUUAUUAUACUCUGUAUAUCCCACUCAUAAAAGCAGUAAAUAGAGUCAAUCACACCCUCAUUUCAUCAUAUCAUCAUACUUAGUAUAUCCCGCUCAUAAAAGCUAUAAUCAGAGUCGAUCAUACUCUUAUUUCAUUAUAUCAUUAUACUCGAUAUAUCCCGCUUAUAAAAACUAUAACUAGAGUCAAUCACAUUCACACCCUCAUUUCAUCAUAUCAUCGUAUUCGAUAUAUGUCGCUCAUAAAAGCUAUAAUCAGAGUCAAUCACACUCUCAUUUCAUCAUAUCAUUAUACUCAGUAUAUCCCGCUCAUAAAAACUAUAAUCAUAGUCAAUUACACCCUCAUCUCAUCAUAUCAACAUACUCAAUAUAUUCCGCUUACUGAACCAUAAUUUGUUACUCCAUAGUCUCUAAACAGCUAAAAAAAUGUCACCCAAGAAUUUAGUUUCCUUACAUACUAUUCUUAUACUAGUUUGUGUCGUUCCAACAAUUUUCUCACUAAAGACUAGCACAAUACAAGUUCAAAUAGAUGCCUUGGAAGCCUUCAAAAACUCCAUCACCAAAGACCCUUUUGCAGCCCUUUCAAACUGGACUACAACACUACACCAUUGCAAUUGGACCGGCAUUUCCUGCGACUUCUCGAUGAUCAAUGUCGUUAACAUCUCUCUUUCAGGGAUGCAACUCGAAGGAAGAUUAUCGGGUUUCGUUUCAAAUCUUUCCCACCUCCAAAUACUUGAUUUGUCUUCCAAUUCUUUCCAUGGUUCAAUCCCACCCCAAUUGGGAUACCUCCAAAACCUAACAUACCUAGACCUAAGAAACAACUAUUUUACUGGAAAUAUCCCAAACACUAUCACAAACUGUAUGUUCUUACAACAAAUAGGUCUAAGUUCUAACAUUCUAACAGGUAAAAUCCCAUCCUACAUUGGAAAUUUAACAUCCCUCCAAAUCUUUCUUGCUGCUAGUAACGAUUUAAAUGGAUUGAUACCCGAAUCUUUUGGGAACUUGACAGGAUUAGUAGCCUUAGAUCUUUAUAACAACAAGCUAUCUAGCACUAUCCCAAAAGAAUUGGGUACCCUACACAAUUUGGCAUACCUUAACUUAGGAAAUAACUUCUUAACAGGUAGUAUUCCUGACAGUAUCACUAACUGCACAUCCUUAGAACAACUUUCAUUUGUGUACAAUAAUCUAACAGGGAAAAUCCCAUCAAAUAUUGGGAACUUACCCUUUCUCCAAAUUUUCAUUGCUUAUCAUAAUAAUCUACAAGGUACAAUCCCUAAAUCCAUAGGGUUGUUGACACAAUUGACCCUUUUAGACCUUAACGAAAAUCGUUUAUCGGGUUCAAUCCCUUCUAACAUAGGGAACUUGAUGGCCAUCCAAACAUUUCAUAUAGCAGAUAACGAACUUACCGGUAAAAUCCCACCCGAAAUUGGGAAAUGCCUCAACCUUACUAGUCUUAGUUUGUUCAAGAACAACUUAGAGGGUAGUAUCCCAGCUGAAUUGGGUAGUUUACUAAAUCUAAAGGAACUGUUAUUAUACAGAAAUAAGCUAACUUCAAAAAUCCCAAAAACAUUAGCUAAUUGUAAAUUUUUGACUGUUCUAGACAUUUCAUCAAAUCAGCUAAGUGGGACCAUACCUUAUGAGAUCGGAUCUUUAGCAUUCUUAGAAGUGUUGUUUUUGCAAGUGAACAAUUUAACUGCCCAUAUUCCUUCCUCUUUGACUAAUCUGACAAACUUAAGGCUAUUUUCAGCUAGUAUGAAUUUCCUUACCGGGAAAAUACCAGAUGAAAUUGGGAAGCUUUCUAGUUUGACUAAUGUUAGUUUGAGUAACAAUCUGUUGACGGGCACUGUUCCGAGUAGCAUUACAAAUUGCACAAAUCUCGAGUCUGUUAGUUUGUCGUAUAAUUCGCUUUCUGGGAUGAUACCGAAAGGGUUAAAGCGGUUGUCGAAAAUUACAUUUUUGUCAGUUGGAAAUAAUAUAUUGUCUGGGGAUAUCCCAGAUGAGCUUUUUGAUUGUUUUAAUCUUGAAACACUAGAUUUGGCUAUCAAUAAGUUUAGUGGGCAUUUGAAACCAACAGUAGGGAAACUGAACAAGUUAAGGAAGUUGCAGUUGUCUCAGAAUUCGUUUUCCGGGAAAAUCCCUCCGGAAAUUGGUGGGUUAAGGAUGUUGAUCAGCUUAAGGCUCGACACGAAUAAGUUCACAGGACGAGUUCCUGUCGAGCUCACGAAACUCUCUCGUCUUCAAGCCCUUUCACUGAAUGAUAAUGCAUUAGAGGGUGAAAUUCCACAUGGAGUUUUUCGAUUGAAACAGCUCGACAUUUUAAAGCUGCAAAAUAAUCGAUUUAAAGGUUCGAUAAAAGACUCUUACUUUGAACUGAAGUUUGUAUCCAAAUUGGAUGUAAGAGGGAAUAGUCUUAAUGGGUCUAUUCCAAAGGGAAUGUUUGAACAGAACCAACUUACAUAUCUUGAUCUUUCUCACAAUAAUUUCACAGGGGAAAUUCCAACCAGCAUAAAAACCUCACUAAUGUACUUAAAUCUGUCACAUAACUUCCUGUCAGGAACAAUUCCUGAAGAUAUUGGCACACUAGAGAUGGGUGAAGUCAUCGACAUCUCCGAUAAUGAUUUAUCAGGAACAAUACCUGCCACACUCGAAAAAUGCAGGAACUUGCUUGUCCUCGACAUGUCGAAGAACAAGCUUUUUGGCCCGAUUCCAGAAGUAUUCGCGAACAUGGAGUUCCUCGCAAACUUGAACUUGUCGAACAACCGAUUCACUGGCAAGAUUCCAAAUAGUUUGGGGAAUGUGAAAAAUCUGAAACAUCUGAACUUAUCUUACAAUCAACUUGUGGGCCCUGUUCCAAAAUCUGGUGUGUUUAAGAACUUGCCAGAAUCUAGCUUAGCAGGAAACAAGGGUCUAUGUGGAACCAAAUUUCUGGGUUUAUGCACCCAAAGAAGGCACAAUUUGGCUAGGAAAGUAUGGAGGAUUGUGAUCCCUUUAGUUUGUGUUUCGGCAUUGCUGGUUUUCGGGCUUGGAAUCAUGUAUUACAAAAAAUUAGUCGAAAAAAAGAAAUCGAGAGAUUGUGAGAUGGGAAAGGGGGAGUACACACCGGGUUUAUUUCUUAAGAGAUUUGAUCCGAAAGAGAUGGAAAAAGCGACAGAUUUGUUUAGUCCGGAGAACAUCAUUGGCUCGAGCAAUUUAAGCACUGUGUACAAGGGCAGAUUGGAAGAUGGGCAGAUUGUAGCAAUAAAAAAGUUGAAUAUGCAACAAUUUGCAGCAGAAUCUGACAAGUAUUUCUACAGAGAAGCUAAGAUAUUGAGCCAGUUGAGGCACAGAAACUUGGUGAAAGUGAUUGGUUAUGCAUGGGAGAGUCGGAAAUUAAAGGCUUUAGUUCUUGAAUACAUGGAGCAUGGAAGCUUAGAGCGGAUCAUUCAUGAACCGUCAGUUGAUCGAUCAAUAUGGACACUACGAAAGAGAAUUGAUGUUUGUAUCUCGAUUGCUGAAGCGAUGUGUUACUUGCAUUCGGAUUAUGAUUUUCCGAUAAUUCAUUGCGACUUGAAGCCUUCAAAUAUUCUCUUGGAUGAAGACGGGCAAGCUCAUGUUGCGGAUUUUGGAACGGCAAGGAUGUUAGGUGUCCAACCGAACAAUGGUGAUAGCAUUGGUUCUGCAUCAGCAUUUGAAGGCACAAUUGGCUACAUGGCACCAGAAUUUGCAUACACGAGGACUGUUACGACGAAAGUUGAUAUAUUCAGCUUUGGUAUAAUAAUAAUGGAGCUCCUCACAAGACAAAGGCCAACAAGUAUUGCAGAAGAGGAUGGAGUACCAGUCACCUUGAACCAUGUUGUAGAAAGGGGCAUUUCAGAACACAAAGUACAUCAAGUAUUAGACCCAUCUCUACUUUCAAGCAUUACAGAAGAUCAAGAGAAGGUAGCAGAAGGGCUUCUAAAGCUGGCCUUGGUAUGCGCCUCGUCAAGUCCACAACAACGGCCUGAUAUACAGCAUCUACUAAGCUCUCUCAGGAAGCUAACCCUGCAGUAGAAUUGUGAAGUUUGACAAGUAUGAUAAAUUUGGAUGUGUACACAGACCCACACAAGAUGAGAGUUGACUAUAUAUAAACCCGAUAAAAUACAUCCUCAAGAGGAGUAGCCUAUUAAAUAUAUAUUUUAGUCAACAUCUCUCUGAUUUUUUAUGUGGGAUUACAUAUGGGUUAUUUUCAAAUAUUGUAGACAUACACAAGCUUUCUUUAAUCAUAAUUCUAUUUUGCAAAAAAUGUCAAUGUUAGUAGUUGCGUUUAGUGGUAUACGGAAUCGUUUUCAGAACAUUACUGCUUGUAGUAUUCUAAAAUAAAAAGUAACGGUUUAAGAUUUUCUCUAUAUUUUUUCUUAGAAAAUUAUAUUCUAACGAUUAUUAUAAUUGCUACUUUACAAAACAAUAUUACUUUACUGACAACUAAAUAACUACAAUUGUAACACUAAAUAUCUAACAACAACAAUUGUACAUCUUAAGUAACUCACAAAUAGACCUGUAUAACGGGCUAGAGACAUGCCGGACCUAGCUCAAAUGAGAAUGGGUUGGGCCGAUCUUAUGAGAGUACCAAAUUUUUAAUAGUUGUACAACAGUUAAAAAGAGAAAAUUACAAAAAACUAUCUAAUCUCUAACACCUUUUGCAAAAAACUACCUGAUUUAAUUUUUUUUUGCAAAAAACUAUCUUAAAUGACAUAAACGUUUGCAAAAGACUAUCAGAUGACGGAAUUAGUUAGUUGACCGUUAGUUGAUCGGCACAUGUCUCACAUGAUUUACUUAAGGCAUUGAUUUCUUUUGUUUAAAAAUACUAUUUUCCCCAAUUAUUUCUCCUCUCUCCUUAAAAUCAUAGAACCCUAAUUUUUCCUCUUUCCCUUUCAAUCCCCAAUUAAAUUAUGGCUUCUCCUCACACCAAAAAAUCGAAGGUCGACAUAUGUGCUUGGGGAUUUCCUUUUGCACAGAGACCUUCAUGGACUAAGGAAAAUCCUGGAAGACGGUUCAAAUGAUGCCUGGAACAAGUAACGAAUUGGAGGGGAUGCAACAAGUUCAAAUGGAUUGAUGAACCUGAAAUGGUUGAUUGGCAAAGACAAGUAACGAACACACUUGUUGAGGAGAAGCGACAUUUAUCAACAGAAAUCAAGAUAUUGACUUCAAGGAUUGUUGCCUGGAACAUGAGAAUGAACAAGCAAUUUCAGAACUUAAAAAGAUAAAGAAGAAAUUGAUGAACGAGAGAAAGCAUGGAAAAAAGAUACCAAGCUUUGUAUUAGGGUUUUUAUUUGGUUUUUUGUUGGUGUUGAUUGUACUAAUGAAAGUUAUGUAACCUUCAAACUAUAUUGUAAGAAUCAGUGUUAUGUAUAAGUGAUCAGGGAAUGUAAUUGAUGUUUGAAAGCUUUUGUAAACAUGAUUAUGAUGAAAGA